CAAAACAUAUCUUCCCACUGGCCACGGCCUUUUAAAUUUUACUCUCUUCAAAGCUCAAAGAAUAUCAGUUUUCCGUUUUCACACGUCUUUGAUGAGCUCAUACUUCUCAUCUUUACGUUUUUCAACUGUCUCCUACAAACCCUAACAACUUCUAUCCUGUACCCUUAUCUUCAAUCUCAAAAUUACGAAUCCCUAAUUUAGUCAUUUGUGGAUCCUAAUUUGCAAAUUUCACUAUUUGGGAGCAUCUCGCGGUUGAAAACGGUUCAAUUUGAGCUCAUGAGCUAAAGCUGAGUUCUAGAAGCGUCGUUGUUCCUGGUAACUUUCUUUUAAUCUUCUAUUGAUAGUUAGUAAAACCUGAGAUUUACUGUCACUUAUGGAAUCUAAGUUACUACUUAUGAAUUUGAUGAGUAAGCUGGGUCAGGCGAACAACGUGAUUGUUUAAGUUGUACUUGAUGCUUGUUACUGUAGUACUACCGUUUGAUUUACUGAUUUCCUAUAGAGUGAAGUUUUAAGGGCUAAUUUGAAUAUUCAGAAGAAAUUUAAGGUUUUUUCUGGGAUAUGAUGUCUGUGGAGAGAUCAUUUGAAGCAUGGGAAGAGGUGCAAAGACAUGGGCAAGACUUAGCUGAUAAGCUUGCUCAAGGAGUCACUGGUUUGAUUCAGUCGCAUAUUAGUCCUCCGUCGUUUUCGUGGCCUGAUCCACAAAGUUCCAAGCUUUUUGAUGUAGAGUUGAUUAGUCAAAGUUUCAUUCCGAGAGAUUUUGGGAUAGCUGUGGAUAACACUGCAAUUUCAGGGGUUUCCGCCAUUUUUGAUAUUGGGAACAGAUUAGGGCAGGCUACCAAGCUUUUUGAUGUCGAGUUGCCAAGUCAGAAUUUCAUUCCAAGGGAUUUUGGGAUCGGUAUUGAUAACUCUGCGAUUACAGGGGUUUCAUCAAUUUUUGAUAUUGGGAACAGAAUAGGACAGGCUGGAGCAGACUUCGGGGCUUGCUUAAAUGGAAUGGUUCAGCAGUUUGUCAGGAAGUUGCCAGUGCCUUUUCGGCAAGACGAGAAGUUAGGGGUAUCUAUGAUGGCGGGGACGAAUAGCCAUAGAGCUGAUCUGGGUAUUACAUUGCAGGAGGAUUUGGGGUCGUUGGCCGAAAGAUUUAGGGGAUAUGGGAAUGCUGAAAAGGAUUCAGCUGAUGAUAGGCCGGGCGAAGAAGAGUUUUUUGGUGUUAAUUUGAAGGCAUUCAAAAAUUUUGGCAGAUCACAGGGUACGAUCAAUGUUUCAUCAACGUAUGAAAGUAGGACCAGAAAUGUAGAAAGUUCUGUGGUUGCCAGAGGAGAUUUAUGGAGAGUUGAGGCAUCACAAGGCAGUUCCACAUCAGGAAAUGAAAAUUCUUCCCUGUUCCUUGUCCAGCUUGGACCAGUGCUUUUUGUCCGUGAUUCAACAUUACUUCUGCCAGUUCACUUGUCUAAGCAACACCUUCUUUGGUAUGGCUAUGAUAGGAAGCGUGGGAUGCAUUCUCUUUGUCCAGCUGUGUGGUCAAAGCAUCGAAGGUGGCUGCUUAUGUCAAUGAUCUGUCUUAAACCUUUGGCCUGUUCGUUUAUGGACUUGCAAUUUCCAAAUGGUCAAAUAACUUAUGUGGCUGGGGAGGGCGUUUCCACCAGUGCUUUUUUACCUCUAUGUGGAGGUCUGCUCCAAGCCCAGGGUCAAUACCCAGGGGAGCUCAAGUUCAGUUUCUCUUGCAAGAAUAAAUAUGGAACGUGCAUUAUGCCAAUGAUGCAUUUGCCUGACAAAUCAUUUAGCUUUGGGGUCACCCAGGCUUUAGCUUGGAAGAGAUCUGGUCUCAUGUAUAGGCCAACCAUUCAAUUAAGUAUAUGUGACUUGCUUGUGCGCGUUAGCAAUUGUGUUCAUAGCACUUGCAUUCUGCUUACAUGUACAGUAAGUUAUAGUUGUCUUCAUCUCUUGAUGAAGUAUUCUUCAUUUCUUCCUUCUUUCAUGUUGAUAAAAUGCCUCUAUCUUGCGCAAAUGCAGCUUGGGCGAUCAAAGUGGAAUGGAAAUGUUGGGAGUUCAGGGUUGGUUUUCAAGGUUGAAACACCUCUUGGCAACACUGUCCGGCCUUCCUUCUCCGUUCAGUUGAACAGUGGGAUCGAGUUCUAAUCCUUUCCAUGCACCAAUUGGGGUCCCCCUCACGCGAAAAACUCACAUAAUACUGCAAUCAACUGUAAAUAGCUUAUACCCUUCAGUAUGGCAAUGAAGGAUUGUUCUGUGUAUAGUUCCUUUAAAGCUUAUGUCUCUUUGGUGAUGUUAUCAUGCUUUAAUGGCCAAAAAGGGGAAUUUGAUCGUUAAUAACAUAGUAUUUCCGGUGCCUGUCUUU